AUGUUUAACUCUUCGUCCUCGAAGUCCAGAUAUCUAUAUCCAUCACGUGAUGUCCCGUCUCUUACGCGACGCGACUCGAACAUUUUCAGCUUCGAGACGACGAAGACGCUCGACGUUCAAGUCGAGGCGUCUCUCUGGCAGAUUUUGGGUCCCUCGCUGAAGCUGUCGCUCAGAGGUCUUCCUCCUCUUCAAUUGAGCCGUGCUCAGCUACGACCAAUCCCACCUGCAACGCCCUUAACUCCUACCUCCUAUUCUCACAAGCAGCAAACAAGACUAUAUACAUCCUCGAUAGAAGAUAGGCGCCAUCGAGCGAGCUCCCUGCGCAACGGAGUUCUGCCCUUGUCGACACUUCACGGCAACGGUAUGGCGUCGCCGUCAACCGGCGUCCCAUCAAUAUUCUCGGAAGACGAACUGGACCCUACCACCGAAGAGUCCUCCGUGAACAAAGAACUUUUGGAUGCAGAAAAAUCUCAGUCCAAGUUACAUGCUAAGAAAGAACAGCAGUUGGUGGGGGUAGUCUGCCCACCCCUCAUUAGCCCUUUAUCGGCGUACGAGGGUGCGCUGCCUCCAUAUAAAAUCUCCAAAGAACGACAUGCUCUCAGCACUCUGUUACUCCAAGACCCAGAAUGUACUCUCCAGGACUUCGACGGCUCAGACUUUGUCAGCUUUACUCUUGAUGAUUUCACAAUCUACAGCCGAGAGGUUGGGGGAGAACGACGGCCUGGGAUGGUGCCACUGAAUGAUGUUGCCAAUAAAGAGGGCGGGGCGGUGUUUUUCUUCGACGGGAUACUUAGAUCUGAACAAAAUGCGCAAUCGAAUGUUGAUCCAUUAUACCUGCAGCAGAUUUCGUUCAGCCUCGUAUCCCUAGGUGGAUAUGAGGAUCCAGAUUUGCAUACCGUGGGAACGGAUAUCUGGAUCCAGUCGACCCACUGCAAAAACCAAGGAAAGAUAUGGUAUCGACUAGGGAAGCCAUCGUCAGUGUAUGAACCAUACCACCACUUUUUUGUCUGGUUGGCCGACUUUGCUAAACACUUCGUUGACUACCUGCACGCCGACGGGCAUGAAAAUGUCACCUUGAACCAGUUUAAAGAUAAUUUCUACGACUGGCUAGUUGGCUGUCAUAAGGAUGACCCGACAUUUACGUCGUGGUUACGUGAAUAUGGUUCUCGAGAUUUCAGACACGCUAUCAAUGCCCAUGGGAAGUUUCUGCGAGGCCAAUCUUUCACUGUCGACGCCGAUGCCUUCAGUCGUCAUAAACUCUGGGACGAAAUUGGGCUCUCGCAGACCCCUAUUAUUACAGAACAGCCUAAAGUGAUAACAAACACUGUGGUCACGCCAUUUGUCUACGAAUGUUUCAAGGAUAUGCCUUGGUCUAAUCAUCUUCAACGCGUGGAAUUAGCACCUGAAAUCGAGAGGCAGCAUAAGCAGAUGGUCAAGCGGCAGACCGCAUCCGGCCGUAAAAGGAAGACAAGUGAAACUGGGGAUAUCCUUGUUGGAGACGUUGUCGCUGUUAAAAAGGACAGCCUGUCUGUUUGGAAAGGCGAAGAAGAACUGUGGUAUGCACUCGUCCAAGGGUUUACCAAACAUGGCAGCCUGCAGUUGAUUUGGUUAUAUCGCCCGACUGAUACUGUGUGCACCAAUAUGACCUAUCCAUACGACAAUGAGCUUUUCUUAAGUGACCAUUGUAACUGCCAUGAACAGAGAAUCCCGGUCCAUGCCGUGGUUAAAAAGAUUUCUAUAGACUUCUUUGCCUUUCCCGAAAAUCAAGAUAGCUUUUUCGUCCGACAAACUUACCGAACAAAAGACGAAACUUUCACGACCUUGGUUGAUAGUGACUUUAUGUGUCACUGCCGACUUCCAACGAAGCCCACCCAUCAGUUUAAAAUCGGUGAUACCGUACUUGCAGAGUUCUCAAACACAGUUGAGCCAGCUGAGAUUAUCACCCUAAGGUUCGAUGAGGUUACGCUACGGGUGUUCCUGCGUCGUGGCCGAGACCUCAGAGAGAAAAACUGUCGCCCCAAUGAAUUGGUCUACAGCAACGACAACAUGCGCACAGUUCCCAUAAAUUGCAUCCAGAGACACUGCCACAUUCGUUUUUUCGCUGAAGGAAAAACCAUCCCUUGUCCCUAUAAUAGGGAUGGGGCUGGUGAUGCCUUUUAUAUCCUCUUCUGCAAGGAUGGCGAUAACCUGGUCCCUAUGAAACCCCCUCCUGGAUUUAAACAGGGCUUUGAUCAAUCAACAUCGCUCCCUAAGCUGAAGGCUUUGAAUCUUUUCAGUGGAGGCGGGACCCUUGAUCGAGGCCUCGAAGAAGGAACUGCCAUCCAAAGCAAGUGGGCAGUAGAAUGGGGGCUUCCACAGAUGUUGACAUAUAGGGCUAAUCACCCUAACGGCGAGGAUCUAAAGCUAUUUUGCGGCUCUGUCAAUGACUAUCUCUUCCAGGCUAUUACUGGAAAGGAGAGUGAGUAUAUUGCUCAGCUAGGAGAGGUAGACUUUAUAUCCGGUGGGAGCCCUUGCCAAGGUUACUCCUCUGCCAAUGCCAACAGACAGAGUGAAGAGUCGAUGCGCAAUUCAUCUAUGAUCACGUCUGUUGCAAGUUACAUUGACUUAUAUCGACCCCAAUAUGCGAUACUAGAAAACGUUACGCUUAUGGCAAGCAAAUCACAUAAACAAAACCCUCUAUCUCAACUUCUCUGUGCCUUUGUCGGUAUGGGAUACCAGGCUCGAGUUUUUAGCUUAGAUGCGUGGAGCUUUGGCGCACCGCAGAGCAGAUCUAGGCUUUUUAUUGUUAUCGCAGCCCCAGGGCUUCAUAUCCCAGAUCACCCUCACCUCACCCAUUCCCACCCCGAGGGAACUCGAGGACGAGCUCUGGGGAACGCUCCAAAUGGUCUUACUUUUGGAGAGAGACGUUGGGGUACCCCCGUUUUUGACUUUAUAUCUGCCGGUGAGGCCACAAAGGACCUACCUAAGAUUAAUACCGCACGUAUAAUGUCUAUACCAUGGCCUGAUCAUCGCCCUUCCCGAAUUGAGUCCAAGGCCAGACAAACGGUUCUAGAAAGUAUCCCUAAAGCGCCCCCAGCUCAAGGUCUGGUAGGAGCUAUAGCACGAGGAUGGAUUAAUUGCGCCGAUCACUCCGCCCGCCUGCAAACCCCUGGCUCUAAAGCCUGGACCCGAGUUGACCCUAGCAAGUUGUUUCCAACGGUUACAACUGUAGCUUGCCCCUAUUGCAAAUUUACAGGGCGUUGGGUGCACUGGCAGGAAGACCGUGUGAUAACAGUCCAGGAAGUAAGACGUGCACAAGGGUUUCCGGACUCUGAGGUCCUCAUUGGAACUGCUGCUCAGCAAUGGAAGAUUGUUGGGAAUAGCGUGGCCAGGCAAGUCGCCCUUGCUUUAGGCCUUUCGGUCCGGGAGGCAUGCAUUCGCAAUCAGAAUGGAAAUUCAGCUACGAACAUUGCCAGGUCAGGGGAGGCUAUAAACUCGUCUUCAUCAUCCACUACUCCAACAAGUGCUUGUACGCCGGGGAGACGGCUGAACAGCCUCGUCGUCGAAGUAUCCGUACCAUCCACCAUAGUGGAUAGAUCCGCGAAACGAAGAAAGGUAUUACGCAGCUAG